AUGGCUAGAUACUCCAAAUCAUCCAAAUCAAGAGGAACCUCACAACUGCUUGUGUUGCCAACUUAUCAAUUAGACUCAAAUUUGGUAUUGUUACCAGGUAUUAUCUACAAUGUUACAUUUUCUCGUUUCAAAGCUGCUGCUUUAUUAUACAGAUUCAAAAACGUUGUAUCCCGUGUUUCCAUAAUAAACAAUUUGUUGGCAGAAUACAACUUUGAUGGCAACAAUAGCAAUAGCAGUAGCGCUAGCCACAAUACUAAAUCUACCGGUGCAGAUGGUGACGCCAUUAACCCGACCGUUAUUUCACAAGAUGCAGUUGAUGGCAUUACCCAGUUUUACAAAUUGGAAUCGGUAGUUAAUGAAGGUAAGGAAGAUGAUUCAUUGUCAGGACCUAUAAACGACUUUGAUUGGUUGACGUUUUCUAUAACUCCAAACUUGGAUAAGAUCUUGGAGUCGAGAAACAAAGAUACGACUGAUUUUGCCAAUGUUGUUACAAUAGUUCGAGUUGUUGGUAUUGUUGAUGACUCAACAAAUAUUAAACUCACUUUGCAAGCACUUACUCGUGGGGUUAAAGUUUCAGAUUCACGUGCCACCAUGCGUCCAAAUGAAACUAAAGUCGUUAUUGAUUGGAACACAGAAGUGCCCGAUAUAGUUAAUAGGUUUAAGACUUUGAGAUCAAACUACAAAAAGCUAUUCAAUUCGAUUGAAAAGUUUCUCAUUAUGUAUCGUGAAGCUUUAAAGGAUAAUGCAGCUAUGGGGAACAAUAACCUUUCACUUACGAAAGCUAAUUUAGAAGAUGAAAAGAAACAAGCUAAUCAGGAUCCAGUUAAACAAAAUUUGUUGACAUUGAAUCCGUUGGCUAAUGCUUUGUACAUGCAAUUGGCAGGCUCAAAGGACUUCAGCAAAGCAUUUAUGAGCUUGCAACGUUUGUAUUCACAAAUCCGUACUACAUCUUCUUCAUCUGACGAUGCAAAAGUUGAUGCCAAGACUUAUUUGAGGUUGAUUGAUUUGACAACUGCAAUUUUACCAUUCCCCAACCAUGAGAAGUUGCGAAUGUUGAACACGUACAAGAUUGAUGAAAGAUCGGAUGCAAUCAAUGAAAUGAUGUUGCUAUUGAAUGAUGUAUUUGAAGCAUUGAAGCAAAAUAAUUCAUUUGCCAAUAAUUGGUUCCAUAAUGAAGCUUCAAAUGUUCAACGUGCAGCUGUUGUAUCGAACCAACUUAAAUCGAUACGAGUAUUACUUGAAGGCAUGAGUAAGAGGAAUCGAGCUGCACAAAAGCAAUCGCAAUCCAACCAGCGGAGCAAACCUUUGAAUGGAGCAAACCUGAGACAUUCACGUGCAAAUGGCCCUAGCGAAGGUGGUGUUGGUGGAGGAAGCUUUGAAGAAGGUGAUGAUGACGAAGAUGAGUUGCGAGUUAUUGCAGAUUUUGUCAAGAACAAAUUGCCUACAAUCACUUCUUUAUCUCCCGAUUCCAAGAGGUUGAUUGCUAAAGACUUCAAGAGGAUUAAAUCAGCUGCCAAUGCACCUGGAGGCGGAGGAAAUGCUGAUUUUCAUGUCAUAAGAAACUAUUUGGAGAUUGUUAUGGAUAUACCAUGGGACAAGUAUGUCAGUAAAUUCAAGACCAACAAGGAGAUUGAUUUGAAAGCUGCUAAAGCUCAAUUGGACAAGGAUCAUUAUGGUUUAGAACAUGUAAAAAGAAGACUUAUCCAGUACUUGGUGGUGUUGAAAUUGUUGGGUAUUAAUGCAGCAAAGACUAUAGAUGAGAAUAAGAGCAAGUGUUCUGAAAAGAAUGCGGCAAAUAAAAAGGAUGCCACUGCUGGUGAACAAAAUGGAAUUCUUAUUGCUAAUGGAGAUGAGACUUAUCGUGCUAAACAAAAGGCACAAGAUCAAGUUGACAAGUCAAUGGAAGAUUCUCAGUUUGAAGAAGGUGCUCUUGAAGCCAUCAGAGUCACCAAGAGCAACAAAUCACCAAUCAUUGCCCUUGCUGGACCCCCGGGUAUAGGUAAGACCUCAAUAGCCAAAUCAAUUGCCACUUCAUUAGGUAGAAAUUUCCAAAGAUUGUCAUUGGGUGGUAUCAAAGAUGAAAGUGAGAUUCGAGGACAUAGAAGGACAUAUGUUGGUGCAAUGCCGGGACUUAUCAUUCAAGCAUUACGAAAAGCUGGUUGUAUGAAUCCGGUUAUAUUAUUGGAUGAAAUUGAUAAAGUUGUUGGUGGUAACUCUGGUGCUACUAAAUACAAUGGUGAUCCAUCAGCGGCAUUGUUGGAAGUGUUAGAUCCAGAGCAAAAUAGCACUUUUAUUGAUCACUAUUUGGGUUUCCCAGUUGACUUGUCACAAGUCAUAUUCAUUUGUACUGCUAAUGAUCCAUAUAACAUGACAAGACCACUUUUGGACAGGUUGGAAUUGAUUGAAAUGGGUGCGUAUGACUAUAAUGAAAAGAUGAUUAUUGGAGAGAGAUAUCUUUUACCAAGACAAGUGAAACGUAAUGGGUUCCCUGUAUCUAGUGAACACAAGGUUGAAGAGUUUGUCAAUAUUGACAAGACUGCAUUGAAGAAAAUUAUUAUCGACUACACUAGAGAGGCUGGAGUCAGAAACUUUGAACGGAAGUUAGGUACAUUGUGUCGUUUCAAAGCUGUUGAGUAUUGUGAACAGCUAAACGAUGUUUCAAAACGUUACAAUCCCCACAUUGAUGAAAACGAUUUAUCCAUCUACCUUGGCGUUCCAUUUGCCAAUGGUGAUUUCACUGCUAAUGAAGCUACAUCUAUCGGAAACUCGAGAAUUGGUGUUGUUAAUGGCUUAUCGUAUAAUUCAGAAGGUUCUGGUUCUGUUUUGGUGUUUGAAAGUAUUGGAUUUGAUCGAAGAACCGGAAACGACGGCAAUACGUCAGGAACUGGAACUGGUGCCAGCUUGCACAUGACUGGUCGUUUAGGUGAAGUGUUGAUGGAGAGUGGUAAAAUUGGCCUUACAUUUAUCAAACUGAUGAUUUACAAGGAUUUGAUCAAAUAUGAAGAUGAACAAGGGAAACAAAAUACCUCAGCCUUGCUCAACAAAUUCAAUAAUUUGGAUAUUCACAUGCAUGUACCUAUGGGAGGUAUACCCAAAGAUGGACCAUCAGCUGGUGUUACUAUGGCUUUGCUGUUUUUAUCGGUGUUGUUGGAUAGACCUGUCCCCACUGAUAUUGCCAUGACUGGAGAAAUCACUCUACGCGGAUUGGUUUUACCCAUUGGUGGAGUUAAAGAGAAGUUACUUGGUGCUCAUCUAAGCCACGGAAUUAAGCGUAUGAUUGUUCCAAGGGAAAACCGUAAGGAUUUGAUUGAGGAGUAUUCAAAGAGUAUAAUGGAGGAGAAGCACGAAGGUAAAAUUGCUAGUUCUUCUUCUUCUUCUAAAUCACGAGAUGAUCAUGAUGAUUUAAAUUUCCUCAAUCAAUUGUUGAAGGAUAAUGAAGAUGUUGAUUUCAAAAUGAAUAAUGUUGAAGAGUUUUAUUUACAAAAAUAUGGUAUUCAAUUGCACUAUGCUCGUGAGUUUUAUGAUGUCAUUAAAAUUGUUUGGAAUGAGGAUGAGGUUCUUUUGAAAGAGGAGUCGAAUCAUAAGAAAUUACUCGAGUAUCGUAUUUAG